GUCCGCCGCUCUCAUGCCAUGACUUCGACUUCAGAACCCUCUCUUGCAAAUGGUCUCCGCUAUCGACUGAUGCCCUAAGAGCCCUUCUGACAUGAUCAACCGGUCCAUAGAGAGCGAGUGAACGUUGAUGUAUCGACAGGCGCCCUCGACAGAUCUGUUCAACUCGUCUCCGACUGCCAUGUGAAGCCCAGGCAGCCGACAAAAAUACCAACACUUUGCUUCUCGAGUCUCUGCCUGCGAACCACUUUCCCAGAUCGAUUCUCCACGUCUCGGCAUCAUGGUCAUGCACAAGGCAGCUGUACCAUACCCCACAAGCCCUCCCUCGCAGCCCGAUUUCCCUACUCGCAACACCGAUCAGCAUGUGAACCUAGUUCCCGAUUCGACUGAUGUUCCUCCCAUUCCACGGUCGCCCAGAGCGACCGACAUCGAUUUCCACGACACUCACAACCCUUGGUCACAUGUGUCCACGGAAGAGCUGAGAUCGGACAGACGAUUGCCAGAGAUCUUGAGGCCAGGGCCCCCACGACAGCCUGAUGACAAUGGUCCCUCCUCAGCACAAUAUCCGUUGUCUAAUAUACCGAACAUCCUUCGAGCUGGCCAAUCUCAAGAAGACACCCCUAGGUCGUCUCUAGACAGCGACCGAUCCAAAGGGUUCUGGGAAGAAUCUGACGAUGAAGAGGAGGGAAAGAAAAGCCCUAAGAAGUUCGCGGCCGCAGUACCGGAAAUCAAAGCAAACAACGAGGCAUGGGUAAAUGUCGAGGCGCCGGAGAAGUCCCCAGGUAUCAAAAGGAAACCGGUUGCUGGACUGGCGCCGUCCUCGCCGAAGCCGCACGUGAACACCGCGCCAGAUUUCGCAUCCAACAACCCAUUUAGGAGGCCUUCCCAGACAGCUCCAAUGGACGAUGAACUGUACGAAGCCGAUUGGGGCCAAAGUACCACUCGAUCGGCCAAGGGCAAGGAGCCUGCCAGAGGAGACCUUCAGCCUCCUACUGACCACUUGCAGGGGCUGAGGCUUGGAAGCAGUAGGCUCCCAGAUAUGUCAUCAGAUACUCAAGCAGAGCCCGAAACGCCGGCGGAGAAAUGGCAGAGCGAGAAGCAAAUAGCACAGCCUCCUAUGCCACAAGCACCUCCGCCUCCCCCACCAACAGAACCUUUCUCGCCCUUUAGUCAUCAGCCUCCGCUGAUACCAGUUUCUUCCGAGCAAAAUCGGAUGGAUAACCCUUGGGCUUCCGAUCUGAGCCUUGCCACCUCAACAGCGUCCCCUAUCCCAUUCGCGCCCUCUCAGAAACAAGUAUCAAGCUAUAACGACGGUUUAUUAGACCGUGGGCAGCAGACUGGAGUGGUGUCGUUGAAGGAGGAAUUGGAGACGCUGCCGAACGCUGCGACGGCAGGUACUAUCUCGCAUGACGAACCUUUGCUGCUAGAAGAGGACGGUGAACUUCGCCCGGCUCUACCUAUCCGGCCAGCUCAAAAUAGUGGCACAGAGUACUUUGAACCACCCGAGGGGCCACCUCCUCCGAAACCUCCGAGGCCAAGCAUACGCACGACGAUUCCUUCCGAUGAGGAUGUCUCCAGAAUGAUCGAACAACGAAAUGAGACCUAUCAAAUCAAGCACUUCAACUGGUUCGAUCAUAGUUCCAGAAAAUUGCGAAGAUCGUCAAUGUUGACCCAGAACAAGAAUGGACCUUGUCCUCUGCUGGCCCUGGUGAAUGCCUUGAUACUCGGCGCACAAAAUGAGUCCCAGGCGGUCCUCGAUGAAGCACUCCGGUCUCGGGAGCAAGUCACCCUUGGCCUCAUCAUCGAGACGUUAAUGGAUGAGCUCCUAUCCAGAGGCUACGAAGCAGUUGGAGAGAGCUUGCCAGAUGUGGACGAACUGAAUAGUUUCUUGAUGCGACUGCGGACGGGGAUGAACGCCAACCCAAGAUUUGUGCCCUUAUCGACGCCACCUCCGAACCUUAUGGAUCUCGAUGACUCUAUGCUCAACAUGCCUCAACGUGAGAGAGCGCGACAGAAGCUAGGUACUUUUGAGGCGACCCCAGACAUGAAGCUCUACGGCGCUUUUUCUGUUCCACUAGUACAUGGCUGGCUGCCAGAACCUGGUUCAAAUGCUGAGAAGGCAUUUGCUCGAUCCGCUCAGACUUACGAAGAUGCUCAAGCUUUGCAGUUUGGUGAAGAAGAACUAGAGUACAAAUUGACGAGACAAGGUCUGACGCCUACUGAACAGAAUAUGUGGGAAGACAUAAACGCGGUCAAGAACUUCUUAAAGACUUACCCGACGCAACUGACGCCGACAGGGCUGGAAGCCGUACGGGAUUCGAUUGCUUCAGGUACAUUUGCGAUCAUGUUCCGAAACGAUCAUUUCAGCACGAUAUACAGACAUCCCGAGAGCGGCCAGCUUUUCACGUUGAUUACCGACGCUGGAUAUGCGGACCGCGACGAGAUCAUUUGGGAAAGCCUCGUCGAUAUCAGUGGCACGCACAAUGAAUUUUUCUCCGGUGACUUUAUGCCUAUCAGCCACCAUAGAGGAGUGGACGAAUCUUCAACCCACCCAGCAUCACGGCGAACGUCGCAGCUGUUGACGGUGAACAAUCCAGGAGAUACCAUUCCGCUGUCACCACAAGAGCAACAAGAACAGCAUGACGCCGAUUUUGCAAUGGCCCUGCAGCUUCAGGAAGAGGAGGAGCAACGGCAACGAGCCGAGAGAAAUCGGCGGAGGAGUAGUGCCAACCCUAACAACAACAACAGCAACAACAACAGCAACAACAACAACAACAACAACAACAACAACAACACUACUCCACGAAGAUCGACAGGUAAUAUCCCGAUUCCACUCCGAUCCCAACCGGAAGUUCGACCAGCCAUUCCACCGCGCAAUUCACAUGCGCCCAACCCUGGAGUGAACAGGCCUGUUGACCCAGCCGACGAAGCGCCACCGCCCACGUACGACGAGGCCGCCAAGGGCCGACCGUACAUUCCACCACUCGGUAGCCCACUGCAUCCCUCAGCGGGGCCCAGCCCGAUGAACUCGAAUACUCAAUUAACCGGGACGACCAGUAAUACUUCAACAUCUGGAAUGGAGCAGCCUCAUCCACCGGGACCGAAUGCGGGCAUGGGCAUGGGAGGCCGAAGACAGCCUGGACGGCGGAUGAGCGCGUAUAAUGAGACCACUUCGUAUUAUGGCCCGCAAAGGCAGGGAAUGCCGGGCGGGUAUAUGUCCCAUGGUGUUGGUGGAGGUGGACCUGGACCGUCGAGGCAAGCGAAUAUGCAGGGAAGAGAUAGGGAUUGUAUUGUCAUGUGAGACAUCAUGGAGAAGAAGGUAACUUGGUGUUCCUGACAGUAUUGGGAAAGAAGGAGCAGUUGGGACUCGGUUUCGCCCGACCCAAUGAUACUGGCGUGUCGUGCGUAUGGUAUCGCCCUUUCUUUUGGACCUGAGCCUGGGGAGCAAUCGGGUUCAUGUUCAGGAUUUGGCCCAGCCAGGAAAUGAUAGAAGUAAUGACAGGGAUAAUGAAGUCAAUGGAACCUGACCAUGAUCGGC